AUGCGCGGCGGCUACACCUUCUUCGCCAUCGACGACGACGCCGGCGCCGGCAACGCCGAGAUGCUCGCCUUCCUCGAGCGCCUACGCGAGGCCUACGAGAACGCUCACAGGAAGGGCAAGAUCGAUGGAGAGGUGCUCAACUGGGUCCUUCGGGUCGAAUCCGGUGGGAAACCCAAGAACGGGUCUAAGAACGAUGGAGCCCUCAAGAUCGAGGCGUUCCCGGGGUCUCCGGGUGGCGUGAUCUCAAUGAGCCGGAGCUUGAGCUCCAGGCUCACGGGGCAGCAGCGCGCGACUAAGUUGUGGUGGCGCCGAGUGAAGAUCGUAGCCGCCGUCGACGUGCUGCUCUGCCUCACGAUGCUCGCGAUCUGGUUAGUGGUCUGUGGAGGUUUUCAAUGCCUUUCUUGAUUGUUUCCGUCGGCAUUCUUCUGUUUCGAAUUGGCACAAAGGUGCAAAUUUUUUUUUAACGAGUUUCACGGAUCGACAUCUUGUCCAUGUUUCUCUUGAAUCUAUUCCUCCCCAAAGCGCCUUUCUUCUUCCUCUUCUUGUAGAUAUAGA